UAUACUCAUUUAAAUUGUACAGCAUUUUUUGUACUGUCAAAAUGGACCAAACUUUUUGAUGACUCAUGUUGCACUACACAGAAUUUUGUCCAAUCAAGUGCUCUCUAGAAUAAGAAUGUCCUUCCCCCUACAUCUAACUAGCAAGUAGUAAAUGAUGGUUUAUGGCUGUAAUUGAAUUAAAGCCUAUUGGCUAUUAAAAACAAAAGUGAGCCCUUGAUUCUGAUACUGAUGAUACUGUUUCAAUAAGAAAUACACCAACACAGGAAAGGAAGCUGUGCUCAUCUUCAUGGGGUCUCUUUAUGCAAAAAAAAAAAAAAGUUACAAAUUAUACACUAGUUAUACAAUUGAUAUACUUGAAAUAAAUUCAAUCUCUUUCAUUUUAAAGGUUCUUACCACCUAAGCACAUAUGAGUCAACAGAAAUGGGAUCAACAGUCGGUCGAGUCAAAGCCAAUGAUGGUGACGAGGGCGAAAAUGCUGAAAUGAAAUACAGAAUUGUGGAUGGAGAUGGCAAAGAAUACCUUGAUAUUAUUACAGAUGACAUUACACAAGAGGGUGUUAUCGUUGUUAGAAAGAAACUGGAUUAUGAAAGCAAGCGAGUGUACACUGUGAAAGUGGAGGUGACUAACACACACCAGGACCCCAACUUCUUUCAUCUGGGCCCAUUCUCAGACACAGCCAUCGUCAAGGUCACAGCGAAAGAUGUGGAUGAGCCUCCUGUCUUCAGUAGGCCCCAGUAUGUCUUUGAGGUUAAUGAGGACACACCAAAAGGAGCAGCAAUUGGAACUAUUACAGCCUGGGACCCUGAUGCCACAGAUUACCCAAUCCAAUAUGCCAUAGAUCAGCACACAGAUCCUGAGAGACUUUACCACAUCGUCCCCAAGAAUGGAUCCAUCACAAUUCUGAAGUCUCUUGACAGGGAGGUGUCGAAGUGGCACAACAUCUCAGUCCUGGCCUGUGAGAUGAAUAACCCUCACCAAAGAAGCCGUGUUCCUGUGUUGAUAAAGGUCUUGGAUGUAAAUGACAAUGCUCCGGAGUUUGCAAUGUUUUAUGAGACAUUUGUGUGUGAGAAUGUAAAAUCUGGGCAGCAUAUACAGACAAUCAGUGCCAUCGACACAGAUGAACCUCUCGUGGGUCACAAAUUUGUAUUCAGUUUGAAUUUCCUGAAUCCAAACUUCACCAUCUUUGAUAAUGAAGAUAACACAGCCAGAAUUUUGACCAGAAGAAGUGGAUUUAACAGGCGUGAAAUGAGUAUAUACUAUCUGCCAGUGGUUAUCUCCGACAGCGACUACCCCAUCCAGAGCAGUACCAGCACGUUGACCAUUCGUGUGUGUAGCUGUGAUGCCACUGGUAACAUGCGUUCCUGCAGCGCUGAUGCAUUACUGCUCUCUGCUGGUCUCAGCACUGGGGCGCUAGUGGCAAUACUCCUCUGCAUCCUCAUCCUACUUAUGAUCGUGGUCCUGUUCUCAGCUCUAAAGAAGCAGAGGAGGAAGGAGCCCCUGAUCAUUUCCAAAGAGGACGUGAGGGAUAAUGUAGUGAGCUAUAACGAUGAAGGGGGUGGAGAGGAGGACACACAGGCCUUUGAUAUUGGCACAUUACGUCAUCCAGAGGUGAUUGAGAGCAACAAGCUAAGGCGUGACAUUAUCCCUGAGAUGCUGUUUCCAUAUCACAGACAUUCACCCUUAAAGGAGUGUGCAGAUGUCAGAGACUUCAUUAUUAACAGACUGCAAGAAAAUGACAUAGACCCUUUUGCACCUCCCUAUGACUCGCUCGCCACAUAUUCUUAUGAGGGCAACGGAUCAAUUGCUGAGUCACUGAGCUCGCUGGAGUCCACUGUGACUGAGGGAGACCAUGAAUAUGAUUACCUCUCUCAAUGGGGCCCGCAGUUUAAAAAGCUUGCUGACAUGUACAUUGGGAAGGAUACAGGAGUUGCCCACUAGACUGCUAUUCAAAUACCAUUUAUAUUCUCUGUACAUUUGCUUGGCUCUCAGUCUGGUCUGUGAGACAUAACUUGAAAGGGAAAAAAGGAUACGCUUCAAAUUAAGUCUUUUUUUUCCCCUUUGUUUUUCAACAAACCUGAAUUUUCACCUUUAUGAUGGUCUAAUCGUGGAUGGUGUUGUGAUGAGGUGAUUUUGUGUUAAUAGAAGAAGUGAUGGUGAUUUUAUUUCUCUUUUUCACUAG